AUGCACAGAGAGCACUAUGUAAUCAAGAAUCAGCCAAAUUCCACAUUGAUAUGGCAGGAUUACGGAUCGGAGAGUACCCACUCUACGUACUAUAUGACCUGUCUGAUUAAAUGCCUUGAGACUCAACUUGAAGACUUGACAUCCGCCGACUAUCCUCCGGUCGCCCCAGACGCACCCGUGCACAUCACUAGAGCCGCUAGAUCCUCCUCCUAA